AUGACCAGAGUUAAACGAGGAUCUAUCGCUCGAAAACGGAGGACAAAAAUGAGUUUAUUUACAUCAAGCUUUCGCGGAGCUCAUUCAAAACUUAUUCGAACUAUUUCGCAACAGAAAAUAAAAGCUUUGGUUUCGGCUCAUCGGGAUAGAGAUAGGAAAAAAAGGGAUUUUCGCAGUUUGUGGAUCAGUCGAAUAAACGCAAUAAUUGCCCAAAAUAAAAACAAAGUAUACUGUAUUUAUAGUAAAUUAAUUUAUAAUCUGUACAAGAGUCAAUUGCUUCUUAAUCGUAAAAUAGUUGCACAAAUAGCUAUAUUAAAAGGGAAUUGUCUUUUUAUGAUUGCCAAGGAGAUCAUAAACUAA